CUUCCGGGGCGGGGGCAGGCGAGGCAGGUUUGUCGGGCUGUAGGUGCCUGCCGGCCGCGAGUUUCCAGGCUGCCGGCCGCGAUGAGCUUCCUCAAAAGUUUCCCGCCUCCCGGGUCAGCGGAGGGACUCCGGCAGCAGCAGCCGGACACCGAGGCCGUGCUGAACGGGAAGGGCCUCGGCACCGGCACCCUCUACGUCGCCGAAAGCCGCCUGUCUUGGUUAGAUGGCUCUGGAUUAGGAUUCUCACUGGAAUAUCCCACCAUUAGUUUGCAUGCUGUGUCCAGAGACCUAAAUGCCUAUCCACGAGAACACUUGUAUGUUAUGGUAAAUGCCAAAUUUGGAGAAGAAUCAAAAGAAUCUGUUGUAGAUGAAGAAGAGGAAGACAGCGAUGAUGAUGAUGAUGAUGUUGAACCUAUUGCUGAAUUUAGAUUUGUGCCUAGUGAUAAGUCAGCAUUGGAGGCACUGUUUACUGCAAUGUGUGAAUGCCAAGCUUUGCAUCCAGAUCCGGAGGACGAAGAUUCAGAUGAUUAUGAUGGAGAAGAAUAUGAUGUGGAAGCACAUGAACAAGGGCAGGGGGACAUCCCUACAUUUUACACCUAUGAAGAAGGAUUAUCCCAUUUAACAGCAGAAGGCCAAGCCACAUUGGAGAGAUUAGAAGGAAUGCUUUCUCAGUCUGUAAGCAGCCAGUAUAACAUGGCUGGAGUCCGGACAGAAGAUUCAUUAAGGGAUUUUGAAGAUGGAAUGGAGGUAGAUUCUGCACCAACAGUUGCUGGACAGUUUGAGGAUGCAGAUGUUGACCACUGAAAAUGAGUUAUGCUGCUUUGAGAUUCUGCUUGUAACUGUAGGAGAGAACUUGGUGCCUCUUCCUCUGUGGAGUGGGUAUUGAUGAAAGGCUUUUCCCUUCUCCAAAACUCAUCUGAACCAGUUCUUUCUUGAGACAGACCAUAUACUGAGACAACAAGUUGUCACCAGCAGAAGAAAUUAUGACCUUUAUUAACAAAGGUGAAUUAACUUAACCAAGAGGGUAUUUGUAGUUUAUUGUUCCCUAAAACUUUCUAUGUCUAGGUACCCUCUGAAUAGCCCUAUAGUUCUUACCUUUACUGUAUGCAUCUUCUGUAACAGCAGGCCUACACGGUGAAAUGUCUAAUAGUUUGGGGGUAUAGAUAGAUUGGAAGGGAAAGAGAGAGGCUGAAUCUAAGUUAUACAUACUAUUUAGGGCCUAAGCAUACCUUGACCUCUUGCAAAAGAAAGAUAAAGAGAUCUCAAGAGAAAUCUUAGCCUCUGCUCAUUAUCCAAGGGUUAAGGGUCUUUUUACUAGUUUGGGAUCCAGAUUAAUUCAUUCAGUCAUCUCUAGAUAGCCUCCUUGGAAACAUCCCAGCGACACAUACUACACUAACACAAGUGCUUUUGCUGCUUUCACCAUGUUUCGUCAGUCUGUUCUAACAUCUUAGGUUAUAUCCUUUAAUUUCCAACCUCUUAGGUCAGUUUCUUUAACAGAACAAUGAAAUUGCAAAGAAGUCCUCCAAGUACUUCAGAUAAUUGUUUCAUCUUUGUAAUAGCUUAACAAAUAAAUCUAGGUUUUCUAUAUUAUUGUGUUCUCAUUCUUGACUAAAACCAUUAAUGAAAAAAGUUUUUUUUGAAUGCUGGCAAAAAAUGAGAAUCUUAUUCAUCUUAUUUUAUUCAACUUUGUUGAGAACAUCAACAUAAAAUGAAUAAGAAAAUACGUAGUCAGAACUUAUUUAGUAGGGCAAGGAUUUAACACAUUCCAGGGAAUUUCUGCUUCCAUCUGGAUCAGGAGUAAUUUCUUUUUUUUUAAGAUUUAUUUAUUUAUACAAGCACUGGGUACAGUCAGAAGCACGGGAGGGUGAGAGAAUUCACCAGAGUCAGAGCAGAGAGCAGAGUAGGCAGACUGACACAGUACACUGCUGAGGGGAGCAGCGGAUGGCAGGAGAGGUCUGCGCGCCAUGUGGGACCCUUACCCGGCGGCCGGGGAUCGAACCGGCGCUGCACAGGCUGUGGGCAGCUUUGCAAUCCAGUGCUCAAUUGCUGCACCACUGGGGAGGCCCAGGGUUAAUUUCUUAAAACAUACUUAUCAAUUCUUAGUUUUCCAUUUUUACAGAUACCUGAGCAUUUACAGGCUGAUCUGUAACUACAGAUUUGUGCUUGGAUUUGGAUAACAUUAUAUGACCUUAAAAGUAAAGUUAGGAAAGCUAUUCAGAAUCUCUUGACUUUUAGCAACUAAGCUUUAGUUUAUUGCUACUAAGCUAAUGUUUCAGUAUUCCCACUUGGUUUCCUCAUCAUGCAUGGUAGACUAAAAAAAAUUAAUUUACCUAUUUCUGAACAGACUCAGAAAUACUGAAUUGAUUACGAUGGACAAAUAUGAAAGGGUCAGUGGACAUGGAAACUGAAAUUUUCCAAGACCACCUCUGUACCAGUGACUGUCCUGGGUUCUUUUACAUACUUCAUGCAUGUACUAUUCUUAACUCUCUUAGGAGUAUAGGUGCUUUUAUUACCCUCCUUCAGAAUAAGGAAACUGAGCUACAGAGAGAGCUAACUCUCAAGAGCUAUCUCUUGAAGUUAUAUAGGUAGUGAGCCAAGAUUUUUAAGCCUAUACCCUAAACCACAUUGCCUUACUAUAUACCAGCACCUGAGAGUAAGCAAAUUCUCUCUUUCCUGGUUGGUUGGUUUGUUUUUUUAAUAUAUUUUGUCAGUCAUUUAUGUAACGAUAAUUUUGGGACUAGUUUCACACCUCCAUAUAUGCAUAUGCUUCACUCACCUUCUACCAAAACUCCAGUGUCAAUAUCUGUCCCCUUCUAUAACCUAUCCCUCUUCCCUCUCCCCUAGUCCCUCUUGUAACCAGUAUAUUUUUCAGUGUCUAAGAAUUUUCCAAUCUGUGCUUUGUUAGUUUUUCUUGGCUGUUUAUGUGCAACAAAUGUGUGAGGCCAUCUGGUAAGCUGUCUUUGACUUUCUGACUUAUUUCACCUAGCAUAAUCACCUCAAGAUCCAUUCCUGUUUUCCUUUGAAAAGGCACUAUUUCAUUGUUAAUAGCUAUGUAGUAUUCCAUUGAGUAUAUUUUCCACAUAUUCUUUAUCCUGUCAUUGGCCAUUUAUGUUGGUUCCCUGACUUGGCUAUUGUAAAUAAACUGCUGUAAACAAAGGAAUGCAAAAUCUUUUUGUAUUA